GAUGUGGGAGCGGAGCCUGGUGCUGUCCGCCCCGGGGAAGGUGAUCCUUCACGGGGAGCACGCCGUGGUGCACGGCAAGGUGGCCUUGGCCGUGGCGCUGGACCUGAGGACCUUCCUCCGCCUGAGGCCCUGCGGUGAGGGCAGGGUGUGCGUCCGCCUGCCCGGCGUCGGCGUCGUGAGGAGCUGGGACACCCUUCGCCUCCAGGCCCUGCGGAGGGGCUUUGCAGGCAAGCGCUGGGAGGAGGAAACUGCUGCCCGUUCCCCCAGCGUAGAACAGCUGGAUACACUGAAAGAGUUUGCUGGAAUCUCUGCCGGAGCCUCAGCUCCUGAGAGCCUUGCUACUCUUGCCUUUCUUUAUAUGUGCCUGGCUAUUUCGGCUAAGUAUGGAAAUGUUCCGAGCGUGGACAUACUGGUGUGGUCUGAGCUGCCCACGGGAGCUGGGCUGGGUUCAAGUGCCGCCUACGCUGUUUGCUUGGCGGCGGCCCUGCUGACGGCGUGCGGAGCCAUCUCGUGCCCUUUGAAGGACGGAGAGUCCACAGCCAGGUGGACAGAAGAAGAGCUGACUUUGAUUAACAGCUGGGCCUUCCAAGGGGAGCGGGUGAUCCACGGCAAUCCCUCGGGUGUGGAUAACGCUGUUGCUACCUGGGGUGGAGCCCUGAGAUACCAAUCAGGAAAAAUCACACCAUUAAAGAGGGUGCCGAUGCUGAGGAUCUUGCUGACCAACACAAAAGUCCCUCGGAGCACCAAAGUCCUGGUGGCCAGUGUCAAGGAGAAGAUCCUGAAGUUCCCUGCUAUAAUGAACCCGGUGCUGGACUCCAUCGAUGCAAUUUCUCAGGAGUGCCAAAGUGUUCUGGAAGCGAUGCCUGCAAAUCCAUCACCAGAGUAUUACCCUGUGCUGGAGGAACUCUUUGAUAUAAACCAACACCACUUAAACGUGAUCGGAGUCGGCCAUCCCUCCCUGGACAGGCUGUGCCGGGUGACGGCGUCCCAUGGCCUGCAUAGCAAGCUGACCGGGGCCGGCGGGGGAGGCUGUGGCAUCACCCUGCUGAGAUCAGACACCUCCCCGCUGGCCGUGGAAGCAGCCAAGCGAGACUUAUGUGCCUGUGGAUUUGAAUGCUGGGAGACCAGUAUCGGGGCCCCCGGAGUGACCCUGCACUCCUCCUCGUCUUUAAACGCCGAAGUGCUGCACGCGCUCUCCGAGAGUUAAGCUUCUGCCUCUGGCAAGACUGGGCUCUUGGCACCAUGUCCUCGGAGCGAUAGCUGUGCGUGCCCUGAUGCCUGGAAACUUCUCUCCCGCUCUCCUGUGUGGCUGAAGGCCUCUCGACGCGGGUGCGGAGCCAGUUUCAGGCCUGGUGUCACUGGGAGUGGGGGCUGCGAUGAGGACCUGGGAGCAACUGCUUGCGCUUGGGCUAGGUGCGAGUUUGACCCAGGCUCUCAAAAUCCUGUUUUGAAUUUACUUACUCAACUGCUGGGCUAAUCCCAAGGGGCAGGAGGAGAGGGUCUUGGCUGGAUUCCAGCGCGGAUAAUGACACUUUGCUUGGUUCUGCUGCUUCGGAUGCAUGUGGUGUCUCUUGCCUUCUCCCCUGGCGUCCUGCGAGGGCGGGCAGCGGAGGCUGGCAAGGUGGAUGUGCAGAACGCUUUGACAUUUUUGGGUGAAAAGCAUCUUGGCAGCUCAGGGCUUGACACUCAGGCCUCGGUUUCUCCUGGACUGCAAUUCACGGUGGAGAGGAAACCUUUAAAUACAGCUUUUACCUACUACUAAUUAAGAGUUGGAUAAUUAAAAUGAAAGAUACGGCACAAUUCUAGUGAAAUUAUCACUGUUUUCACACUUUCCCAUAAUCUCUGCCUGGGUCCCGUAGCCAGACUCUGGUUUUUGUUCACGUGCUCGAGGUCUGGUUCAAACAGCAACUGUCACCUGCAAGGAGGGUGGCUACAGGCGAGGGCAGUCUUAAAAUUUCUACUUGCAGUAGCUGUUCUGGGAUCUCUCACGCUUCAGUCUUAAACAAGCAUGCCCUUGACCCUGCCUGUUUGUUGGGUAUGCAAAACCCGCCGCUGC